CCUCGCCCCUCUCACGCCGGCUCUGCGCUGGGGUCUCUCCGCUUAGUUACCGCGUCCUAGCGCUGGUCCCGGAAGUGGGCUCGCCCCCCCGCGGUUUCUGCUCCUGCGCGGCGACGGUCGCCACGGUGGCGGCCACUGCAUCUCCUACCACCUCCGCGGCCCUGGGCGUGGUAUCAGCGGGCCCUGGGACUAUGACGGGCCAGGGCCAGUCGGCGUCAGGGUCGUCGGCGUGGAGCACGAUAUUCCGCCACGUCCGGUACGAGAACCUGGUGGCGGGCGUGAGCGGCGGGGUCCUGUCCAACCUCGCGCUGCACCCGCUGGACCUCGUGAAGAUCCGCUUCGCGGUGAGUGAUGGAUUGGAACUGAGACCAAAAUAUAAAGGAAUUGUGCAUUGCUUGACUACCAUUUGGAAACUUGAUGGACUACGGGGACUUUACCAAGGAGUAACCCCAAAUGUGUGGGGUGCAGGUUUAUCCUGGGGACUCUACUUUUUCUUUUACAAUGCCAUCAAAUCAUAUAAGACAGAAGGAAGAGCAGAACGUUUAGAGGCAACAGAGUACCUCGUCUCCGCUGCCGAAGCUGGAGCCAUGACCCUCUGCAUUACAAACCCAUUAUGGGUAACCAAAACUCGCCUUAUGUUACAGUACAAUGGUGUUGUUAACUCCUCACAACGACAAUAUAAAGGAAUGUUUGAUACACUUCUGAAAAUAUAUAAGUAUGAAGGUGUGCGUGGAUUGUAUAAGGGAUUUAUUCCUGGGCUGUUUGGAACAUCACAUGGUGCCCUUCAAUUUAUGGCAUAUGAAUUGUUGAAGUUGAAAUACAACCAGCAUAUCAACAGAUUACCAGAAGCCCAGUUGAGCACAAUAGAAUAUAUAUCUGUUGCAGCACUCUCCAAAAUAUUUGCUGUGGCAGCCACGUACCCGUAUCAGGUCGUGAGAGCCCGUCUUCAGGAUCAGCACAUGUUUUACAAGGGCGUGCUGGACGUGAUCACAAAGACGUGGAGGAAAGAAGGCAUCGGUGGAUUUUACAAAGGAAUUGCCCCCAAUUUGAUUAGAGUGACUCCAGCCUGCUGUAUCACUUUUGUGGUAUAUGAGAAUGUCUCACAUUUUCUACUUGACCUUAGAGAAAAAAAAAAAGUAAGCUAGAAGAAGAUAAUUCCAGUACAUCUGCUUAAGGGAGCAACUGUUCCUUUCUUUGUGUUUGAGAUGUAAACCUCGGAAGAAGACUGCACAGCAACGUGGUUCACAAUGGAAAUUGGUCUGUAAUCAUUAGAAGUCAGAGAACUGCUAAGACUUUGCAAUGUUUUUCUGCUUUUUGCCUUCCCCGUACGUAUGGGACUUGGCUACCUCUGCCAGAAAUGGCUCCCAUCAACACAGUAGUAAAACUGACAUCAAGCGGAGAGUUUCACAGAUUUCUGUAUUUCACCGUUCACGUAGAAGCUGAUUACAGUAUUUGCUUAAAUGGAUUAGAUAAAUGUGCUUCUUUUUCUGAACUCAUUUGCCUGGAUUGGCUUUAAAAUCAGUCUCUGUGCAAUAGAAAGAAAAUGGCUUCUGAAAAGAAUUAUCAUUGCUGUUUCAAGGGUAAAUUAAACUUUAAGGAUUUGCUGGGAAAAGUACUGCUUAAAUCCAGACCAUUUUUGAAUUGGGAAAUUUUGGUAAGAAAAAAAAAAAAAAACGCUGUCAGUGUGCUUUAGUUUUAAUUCAAUUGGAAUGUGCUAACUAGGGAAAUUUGAGAAGUUAUAUACUUCUCUUAAUUUGAGAAAUAUCUGGUAUUUGUUGUCAUUCUGUCAUUAAUUUUUUUCUCCAGGGGCUCUUCCAUAAUUUAAAAUGUAAUUGUGGAUCCAGUUAUUAUAUUUUUUGACAUAGGUACUUAGUUUCUCUUAAACUUAGAAAAUCUGAAUUAGGAUCCAGCUUUGUCAGCCCUUACUUAGCAUAUUUGGCUAUAAAUCACUAAUUGGCUGUAGAUCACUAGUAGAUCACCUCAUACAGAUACUGGAAGGAUUGGAAUGUGUUUGUUGAGAAAGUGUGUGAAAAUAAGAAACUAACUUCCUACUUCAGCUAUCGGAUAUAUGGGUUCAGAUCCCAAAUAAAUGAUUAAUCUCCAUUGGUUGUUCAUAUUCAGGUUUAAAUACAAAUUACAUUGACAGCCAUUAUUGAUUUUACUUCU